GUUUCGUCCAGCGGGAACCCUCGAAUCCACGGCAGCGGGAACCCUCGAAUCCACGGCAGCGGGAACCCUCGAAUCCACGGCAGCGGGAACCCUCGAAUCCGCGGCAGCGGGAACCCUCGAAUCCACGGCAGCGGGAACCCUCGAAUCCACGGCAGCGGGAACCCUCAGAUUCACGGC